UUUUGCGUUACGAGUUCCGACGAGCAACUCACCGGAAAACAACCAUUAGGUUUAGCAGAGAAGAAGAGAAGGUUCUAGAAGGACAAUAACGAUGAGUCGUAGCUUGGGGAUUCCGGUGAAGCUUCUACACGAAGCAACAGGGCACAUAGUAACCGUGGAAAUGAAGAGCGGUGAGCUUUACAGAGGAAGUAUGGUGGAGUGCGAAGAUAACUGGAAUUGUCAGCUCGAAAGCAUCACUUACACUGCCAAAGAUGGAAGGGUGUCACAACUGGAACACGUUUUUAUUCGAGGCAGCAAAGUCAGGUUCAUGAUAAUUCCCGAUAUGCUUAAGAAUGCUCCCAUGUUCAAGCGGCUAGAAUCCAGAAUCAAGGGAAAAGGUACAUCACUCGGUGUUGGACGGGGACGUGCAAUGGCCAUGCGAGCUAAAGCUCAGGCUGCAGGUCGUGGAGCAGCACCUGGUCGAGGUGUUGUGCCUCCUGUAAGAAGAUAAUCUCCCCGCAUUGGUUGGUAUCUGGUUUUUGAGUUCGUAAAUUCAUUGUAAUAGUGCAUGAGAAGCUUUGUAUCACUGAUCUUGUUCUUAUAAUCGAGAAAUGUGCAAUCUGAGAAACGCUCAAUGUAGGAUGUUGACUCUUUAUUCCAGAUAUGACUAGAUAUAAGUAU